AUGCCGUCGCCGCUUCGUCAGAUCUCGGCAGCGUUUUCACUGUCUCCCGUGAACGAAGCAUCGACUCUGUUGCCAAAGUCCCAUGCCGGCCAUGUCUUGGACGUCCAUGGAACAGCGUUCUCGACCUUCACCGGGACGUUGUGCGCCAUGGUCGGGGCUGGCAUCUUGACCUAUCCAAGCACAGUGGCUUCCGUGCCGAUCCUGCUAUGGGUGGCCCUCCUCGUUGUCACAGUGGUGUUGGCGCAUGCGGCGCUCACAUGUUUGACUGUUGCGUGCGACGUCACGGGCGAGUACUCUUACGAAGGGCUCGUCCAAGUGCUGUGCGGCGGUUGGAUGGCUGCCGUGCUGCGCGGCUUGACAUUGUUGACGUUGUUCGGGGCGGCUGUGCUCUUCAUGGUGCUGGCAGUCGACCUGCUGACUCCGCUGAAGGCCCUUGCUAUCGUGGGGCCAUCGACAAUUGCAUCGGUCUUUGCCCUCGCCUCGAUUCCGCUGUGCUUGGCGAAAACACUGCAUGCGCUUCGAUACACCAACGCAGUCGUCGUCUUUGCAGCGUUUUACAUUGCCGGAGUCCUCGCUUGGUAUGUCGUCCAGCGGUGGCUAACAGCGCGGACGGCUAGCUCCACCUCCACGACAAUCGUCCUUCUUCCUCAAUCGAAAAACAACACGUGGGUGAGUUGGGCCACAUUCGAUGGUGUCGCGUACACAGUUCCGCUCCUCAUGCUCGGCUUCUCUUGUCCGUUCAAUUUCGUGCGGUCCUACGGCGAGCUCGUCGACAAAUCAAGCAUCGGCCGCAUUCAGCACUCGCUGCUCUUUGCAGGAUUUGCGCUCUACAUGGUCGCGUCGCUCGCUGGGUUCUCGUAUUUUGACGGCGCGCCCCCGCAAGAUAUCGUCGUGGGGCUCCACGACGAUUGGAACGUCACCGGCAUUCGAAUCGCGCUGUCGAUGUGCAUGUUGUUCAAAGUUCCGAUGACGUACCAGCCUUUCUUUGAGACACUCCAACUCACGAUUCCAGCUCUCUUGGCAGCGCCACGCAUGCGGCUCAUCGUGGCACUGGUGUAUGUGUUUUCGGCAUGGGCGAUCGCGUUGACGGCUCCGACACUGAGCAACUUGUUUCGAGCGAUGGGCACACUCGGCGGCAUCGGGCUCUCGUACCUGGUCCCAGGCUUUUUUCUAUGGAGUGUGACGCAGCGGUCGCUCUGGCUUCCCCACCGACAGUACUAUCAAGCCAUGGCUUGCAUGACGAUGGGGGCAGCGGGGCUGCUCUUGGUCUGGUGUACGCUUCCUCUCUCGUUUGGUCGGUCCGUGGACUUUGACGGCUCCAUGUAA